GGAAUCGAACGUCCCCGAGCGCACACGGCGUAAAGGAGAGUCUGUGGAAGGGACAUAACGGUUUUCUUUUCGGCCCCCUCUCCACUGAGACAACAAGAGCCAACAAAAAUCUGAAUUUUAGAGGGGCUUACACAAUCUUCUUCUGCUCUAAAGGAGGAGGGAAGCGAGGGAUUGGAGUAGCAAGUUAUUUUUUCCUUUUUUCUCUUUUUCUUAAAAGAGGAUUUUGUGUUUUCACGGUGGUUCGCUCUUCGCUCUCGCUGCAAAGAUGAUGGUCGGAGAGGUCGAAGUGAAGGAGCGACCGAGGCCGAGUCCCGACUAUUUGAUGCAAUUGUUAAACGAAAAGAAGCUUAUGACCAGUUUGCCAAAUCUCUGCGGAAUCUUCACGCACCUGGAGCGGCUUCUGGAUGAAGAGAUCAACAGAGUGCGUAAAGAUAUGUACAGCGACACAGUGAAUGGCCUUGUGGACAGACACCCGCUGGAGCUGCCCGAACCGAUCGGGCCCAUCGUUCACCUGCAGGAGAAACUGUUUGUGCCUGUCAAAGAGUACCCAGAUUAUAACUUUGUGGGAAGAAUCCUUGGUCCCCGGGGACUCACUGCCAAACAGUUGGAAGCAGAGACGGGAUGCAAAAUCAUGGUGCGAGGAAAGAGCUCCAUGAGAGACAAGAAGAAGGAGGAGCAGAACAGAGGGAAGCCAAACUGGGAACACCUAAAUGAAGACCUUCACGUCCUAAUCACAGUUGAAGACACACAGAACAGAGCUGAGACCAAGAUGAGAAGAGCAGUAGAGGAAGUCAAGAAGCUCCUUGUACCUGCUGCUGAGGGUGAAGACAAUUUGAAGAAGAUGCAGCUGAUGGAGCUGGCUAUACUCAACGGGACAUACAGAGACAACAACGUCAAAACACCCCCCCUUGCGUUCUCUCUUGCAGCGGCAGCAGCGGCCGCUCAGGGCCCUCGCCUCAUAACAGCCUCCGCAGGUCAGGUGUUGCCUCCACAGGCACUCAGACCACCAACGCCGGGCGGGGCCCCCAUCAUGAACCUCAUCCGGCCCACUCAGAUGGCUGCCAUGCUGUCCAACGGCACCCCCACUUUGAUGCCUUCCACACCGGACGGCGGACUAAUCUACACCACCCCUUACGACUACCCCUACGCCUUGGCACCCACCUCAUUGCUGGAGUACCCCAUCGAGCACAGUGGGGUUCUAGGUAAGAGAGCCUGGGCGAGCAUGGGUGCAGCAGGUACUACGGCCAACUUUAGCCAGCCUGGACAGGAGGGCAGCUUUUUUUACCCCGGAAUUGGGGUGCUGGACGCAGCUUCCUUGAGCCACAGUCAGGACUUGUUGAAAGGUGCAAUGGCUACUAAAGUGAGACGGCAUGACACGCGGGUCCAUCCUUACCAAAGGAUUGUGACCGCUGACAGAGCCGCCACCGGCAACUAACACAUGACCUUCUGACCUCUGAACUCUUCACCCAAUGACGAGCCGCCCCAAGCCUGCCUGCUGAUCAGUUAACUGGUAAUUGCCUUUUGCUAGCCUCUCGGACGCAAGCGGCAGAGAGAGAGGCGCCUGCCCGUACAGUUACCCUAACACAUUCUGACAAAAGAUAGAAACCAACGCAGAAUCUUCACUGAAACACAACAAAACCCAACACAGCUGUGGAUUAUUCAUUUUUUUUCCUCUGUUCAUUAGUUCGGUUCCCAUUCGUUCUCUUUCUUUUUCUUCAUGAAUCAUGCACCGGGUGGAUCUGUUGGUGGUGUUACUCAUGAAUCUGCACUGAAUUAUAAAGCAAUAAAGAACCCACGACCCACCCGCCUGAACACCCGCCAGCCCGACUGUAAUUGCUCUGAUUAGGUGACCUCAUUCGUUCUCCAUCUCCAGUCUGAGAUGCAAACCGUUUUGGUUUGACUGAUAACACGAUGACCCACAAAUUUCCCCCAAGCCCUCCUGUGAAAACCCACCCUCACCCUGUUCAGACCCCCAUCUGCUGCAGUGGAGAAAGAAACCGAAGGAACGGGAACGCUCAUUUGCAUUAACGUGUUUAAUUUCUGUCAUUUUUUUUCCCAACAUGUAUUUCAGUUGUUGAGCUUGUAAUUAUGAGUUGACACAUUCUGGGUGUGCCCCUCUAAAUGGCUUUCUAUCUGUUUUUUAUUUUUUUUAAAGCAUGGCUAAAAUGAUUGCAAAAAGAGCUUUUUUAUGAUUUGUGGUUUUUUUUUUUUCCCUGUCUUGAUUUAAUGCUUUAUACUUUAUUGUUUUUAAUAUUUCAGUUCAGAUUGGACUAAUUAGCUUCAGUCACUGAAACAAAGCAGGUGGUUAUCUCUGAAAGUCAGAACAGAGUUUAGUGUUUGAGGCUGAAAAUGAAAGGCGUGACGGGAGGGUUAGUGUUUGGGUUGAUGGGUGUGUGUGUGUGUUUGAGUGUGUGUUUUGAUUAAUGCUACAGUGAAAGUGGGGUGUGCUGAUGCUUCAGGGACGCGGGUCCCAUCCACACUACAUCCACUAUCCAGUGCCUGAUGUAUGUAGAAGAAUAUCUCGUUAGCUGAGCUGUGAUCACAAAGAUUAAGAAACAAACUAUUGUGUGCAUAUUUUUAGCCAAAGCGUUUUCAGUGAAUAAUAUAUCUGCAGUUAUGCAUCUGUGUCGCUGAGGACUCUUUGUGGUUUUUAGAGUUUGGGUGCCUGUCUUCGACUGGAACAGACAGCCAGUCAGUUAGAUGUCUGACCCCUUACCACUCAGUUUUAUUUUUUCCUAUUUUCCUGAGGUGUAAACAGGCAAUUAACACUAAAGUUACACGCUACUCCAUAACAGUAGUGCUCAUAAAGUGCUAGGGCAAAACAGAGUCAUGACAAGCAAAAGGCUUAUUUUUAUUUUUUAUUUUCAUUAACAUUUUUGGCCGAUCUUUGCCGAUUUAUCCCUACUGCAGUGGAGGAUUUUUUUUCUUUUAGUUUUUCUCUUUAGUUUUAAUUUUUGUCCUCUGUUGUGUUUGUGUGUAAGUUACAGCAUGAGGUCGACAUAAUCCUGACCUUUCUGCAUAUUAUUAUUUUACUUAUUUUACUAAUGACACCUAACAUAUGCCAAACCAUCCAAAAGUGCAUCCACAAUGUGUCACACCUCCCUCUGAUGGUAGUCCAGCUUCUGAACCCAGAAUCCUUUGUUUAAAUCUCAAGAAAAAAUAGGAUGUGAAAGCCAUGCCUGCCUGUUCAAAUUGCUUUAUACAUACGUCUUAUAUAUAUAUCUAUAAAUAUAUAUAAAUAUAUAAAAAUGUAGAUAUCUUUCAAUGCAUAUAAAAAUACAGAUGAGAACAAAACAUUGAUAAUUUUACAGGGUGCUGGAGAUAAGAAAAAAAAAAUCAAAAAUCUAUUUUUGGCAAUUUUAGCUUUUGAUACUUGCAGUUAUAAAAUAAUAUUAAAAAAAAUUAACAAAAAAUGUUUCCGAACGUGAGUGGGUGAGGAAAAGUGCUGUUGCCUGAAAUAUAAUUGGAAAAGGAAGCCCAAAACGGUCAGAACCAUCGGAGAGCUGGCGAGGUCAGAGCGAGACAGACGCCUGAAGGGAUCUAAUCCAAGUGCCUUAUCAACAGUGGUUUCUGUUUUUUAGUAUUCCAGUUGUGUUUAAAAAGAAAUCCAGCACCCACCAAGAUGGCGCAGAGAGGAACGGCAAGUGUUACACGCUCGGAAAAGACGAGCUGGGCAGCGCCCACCGUAUCGUGGCGCUGCCCAUGUUACUCUAUGCAAAAAGAAUAGCAGUCGAUUUGACCAGCUAAAAUAUGUGCCAUGGUUUUUGUCUUCCUGAAAUGAUUUUAAGUUUUUCUUUUCCUUCACUUGAUGGCCCUUUACUCUGCUGUAUGAGCAGAUCUUGUCUUUUUAUUUAGAUUUUAUUGAAGAUAUGAAUUAUUGUCUAUUUGUUUUUCAUUGUAUCUUAACUUCCUUGAACAAAUUGAACUGCCAUUAGCAACCAAGUAGUCUGCCAGACGAUGAGCUGAGAAGAAUAGGCACCAUUCAGGGAAAUGAAUAGGAACGUGUUUGUUUUAACAGCUGCAUCCAGUCCACAUAUCUCCGCGUCAAUUUGACAACAAACUAUCAGUACAGUAAUGAGAUUUCUAAUGGACAAAGGAAGCGCUGGGUAAUGAAACAAGCACCUGCUUCACAGUCAGACAGUUUCCAGUUAUUGAUACAACUGACAGCUUAUUGCUGAAAGGUGAAAUGAAAUGAAAUUGACAAAUUCUUGGAUCCAACAGAGCCGUCGGCAGUCUGUUUUUUCUCUCUCACCGUGCUGUUACACCAAAAGGUCAAUGAUUUUUUUUUUUCUACUUCAGUGUUAUUAUUUUAAAUUGAAAUGCAAUAUUAAAGUGGAGCAAGAUGGCAAUUCAGCAUUUGACAGUAUUAAGAAAAUUCCCUCUGCAAUGUUCCAACUUGCUAUGUCAUUGUAAACGGCUGGAUAAGUCCAUCAGGUGAAAGGUUGACUCUAUACCUACGUAUUCUCUCUGGCCUGCCUACUACAUGUAUGAUAAUGUAAUUAAUAGCCAUUGUUACAGGUUUAUAAUGUAUUUUUCUAAUCUCAUUUUAUAUGUAUAUUAAUCAUGUUUAAGUGUUUUGUUUUUUUUUUCUUAAUGUUUAUAAAACCCACAGCACCCCCCCCCCCCCCCCCCCCUCCACCUCUUCUCCAUCUUGACCUGCCUCCUGUGCGGAGUGUUGCCUUCUCUCUGUUAGAUUUUGUUUUCUUGCCAACUCCCAGCUUGUUUAACUCAUUAGUUACUUUAUUAGUUUCCUUGUCAUAAGUAUUUUUACAUGCUUGCAUUUAGUUUUCAUGGUGUAUGCUGUUAUUUUUCUUAUUAACCUCUUGGCAUUUAUUUUAAUAAAACAUUCUUAGUAAGAAUUUUACUAACUUGCUGAUAUUUUGUCUUGUGUUUUUAACCUGUUUCAUGAAUGUUAUUACCCUGGUCUGGUUCACGGACUAACACAAUUAAAACCAGCGAAUGGCCACAACUUUUACUCACCUACACGCGGGAACCCACCACACACACACACACACACACACACACACACAGGGGCGCUCCCUCACUGCUGCUCUCACCGUCUCUGCUCAGUUCCAACACUGCUGCUGCGUCCAGUCGUCUCUUUUAUAGACAACUCUGUUAGACCUCCUGCCUUUCUGAGUCACUGAACCCCGUGAGACUGCAGGGAGGGAAGGGGGUUAGGGGGUAUAAACCACUUAAGGGCACGGCGUGUACUUCUGGGUCGGCAGUUCUGUCCGAAACAAGCCACACGCAACAGGGUAAAAGAUUUGCCUGUGAGCCGGGGUAAUGUAGAUCUAAGAAAUGUUCGCAGCCCUGUCAGGUUUUUAUGACUUAGAAAAAGAUCAUGAUGUCUAAUUUUCCACCUUUUAAUGUGACCGAUAACCUGUAGGGACCACUGAGGAAGCUGCAGAACAAGCACUGGUUACAUUGUCAGCGAUCUUUCAACAACUUUUCUCCUAAAGAAAACACCCAGUCCUGAACAAAAACACUCUAAAUAUAUUUUGUGCCUCCCACCAAAGAAGGCUGAAUGCUACUUUUAAAUUGAAAUGUGCUUUGACAGCGUUUUUGUUUUCAGUAAAACUGAAACAUCUCAUUAAAGGAAAAAGUAAAAAAAAAAAAUGUAUUAAACUGGCUCUUAUUUUUUGCAUUAUAAAAACUGGCUUUCUAACUGGAAUGCGUCGGCUUUUGAGAGCCACUAAUAAUCCCUGAAGAUAAAGCUUUCUCCUGCCAUUAGUUACCGCAGCACUCAUCACAAUCUGGGCAAAAAUAUUUCACAUUAGUCAUCUCAAAGGGAUUAAUGUUACUGUGAACGUGUAGAGCAGAAAAUCUCAUCAGCGCACAUUAUAAAAAGGGAGUUAUUUACAGCUGACACUGGGCAGAUUUGUAGAAGACGGUCUAAAGCCGACCAUUUUUUGUUUUUCCCAUGGAGGCAGCAUUUACAGCUAUCUCCAGCUGUUGUCUGUUCCACGAUCACUUCUCCCCGUUCAGCUUAUUGAUGGAACAACUAACACUGGGCCAUUUGGGAGCAUCUAUACUGCUUAGACACACAACAGUGCACCUUGCCAAUAUGAAGUACUGGGAUCAAAACAACCGCAGUGUUUCAGUCUUUCUGUGUAAAAUGCGUGUUUGGCUUUCAGCUGACCGCCACUUCGUGUUUUCCAUCACGCCUCGUUCAUUUCUCCUCCGUGGGUUCACUCAGCUUUCCUCCUCUUUCUACUAAUUUGGGGUAUUGACACUGACUCAACCAAAAGAUUAACUUUUAUUAAUCCUGAUUCCUUAACACAACAAGUGGCACCAGUUAUUUUACACCCUUUUAUUUUUUCCUGACUUCACUGCAGUGAAAACCUUGGCAUUAAAUGCUGUGAUUCCUUUUAUGUCUCAGCGAGAACAAAACACAACAGUGGAGCUAACAUCUCUUCUCUGAAAUUAACAUUCAGCUCGUGGCUUUCAUCUGAAGAUGGAUAUUUUUCUUUUCUUAAACAGCUGCUUUAAAAUGUGCAAGCAGAGGCAGAGAUGUCAUUACAGGCAGAAAAAGUAGGCUUUUUUUACUUUGUGAAUGUAAAGUUGUCAGGCGUUUUUUUUUUUUUUUUUUUUUAUUCAUCUCCAAUUUGGUUUUUAGUGUUUUUCUCUACUGUACAACAACAGACUUCAGCUCAAAUCCGUCCAUUUGCAGUGAAUUUAUCUAUGCUCUCUUGUUUUGUACAGAUCAGAGAGGAUUUCCGAUUUUGUGAAGCACAUUCAGAUACAUCUCAGUUGAUUAAAUUAAAUUAUAAAAGGGAAAUUCAUAUUUUAAAUAGAUUAAACAUAGAAUGAUGUAUUCCAACCAUUGUGUUAAUGUGAAAACCCAAAAUCUGGUUUCUCAGAAAGUUUGAAUAUUACAUUACACCAGCUGAAUCAUUUCAGUACCAAAAUGUGGGCCUAUUGAAAAAUACAUCCAUCUUGCACAAGCAAGAGAUGCAGUUUUUCUUUCCUCUAAACUUUCUAUCAGUGUGCUUGGAUGCACUCUGUGCACAGCCAACUUCUUUGGCAAUGGCCUUUUGUAGCUCAUGCUGCAGUUAUUCCUGUUGCCUGUGAAAGGUGUUAUACCACACUUUUUCCUUCCACUAAAUGUUCCAAAACUAUGCUUGGAUUCAGUGAGCAACCACCUUCUUUAGUAGUGAGCUCUGUUGAACAGCUGUCAAGUCAGCAUUCUUCUCCAUGCUUGUGUAGGCCAUAAUAUAACAUCUCUGUAUUAAAAAUACUUUUUUUUUAUUGGUCUUAUGUGAUCCCACCUUUGAUUUCAUUUUGCUGUAAGACAUAGUCAUCAAAAUUCAUGAAAGUAAAUGGCUGAAGUAUAUAACUCUGUGUCUAAUCUGUAUAAUAACGUAUAUGAAUUUCACUCUUUGAAUGGAAUUACUAAAAUAAAUCGUCCUUUCGGUCAUGUUUUAAUUUCCUCAGGUGGACCUGUAUAUUAAAAUCACUGCCUAAACUGUUUUAGUUAUACUGUAGAAGUGCCUUUUUCUCUGAGAUUCGGAAAUUAUAUAUUUUUGUACCUUUUAUUAUUUAGGAGCCCAUUAUGUCUUUCCCUUUAUCUCACAAAAAUGCUUCAGGGUAAUGUGUAAAUAUAUUUUAAACUGGAAGGGUUUUCGUCCAUUAAACUUUGGUUUAAUGGUUCCUGUUGUUUUGUUUGCACCACUGAGAACGAGUUUUUUUGUCUUGUCUGACUGGACCACAGUGCGGGAUACGGCUGUUUGCGCACUGCUGCCAUCUCUGGCACAGUUCUCAGUGCUUCAUGGGGCAUUUAAAUGUGGUCAUCUACCAACAAUGGCUGAUUUUUCCUUCUGUUCAACAAACAUUCCUCUGUUGAGGCCGACUGCAGGUUAGCCUGUUUGAGUGGUUAAACAAUAAAAGCUAACAAGAUUCAAAAUGGAAACAAGUUUAUCCCCACUGACUUUUUCUUCUUGUUUUUAUGACUGUGAAGAAUACGCAGUUAAAAGUAUUAAACGUUUUUAAAACCCUAUACUAGCAUGACUGUAAACUGCUAGUUCCAUAUUCAUAUAGUGGUGCACUAAUAUCUGGGACUUUUGUUUGUGGAGUUGUAAGUUUUGAUGUGAAGUAGCUUUUAUUUUUGCGUGUGUGUUCUUUGUUGUUAUUGAAGGUUACAAAUUCAGAGGUUGUUGAACCUGUAAUACCACUUUUUGUUGCCCUCCCCCAUAAAAUACAAAAAAAACUGAAGUGUGCAAUAAAAACCAUAUUUUCAAGCUUC